AUGACUGUAUUUGUUUGUGCCAGAGUCAGUGGUGGAGAGGGAACAGAGAUUGUUGCCUAUGGAGGCUGGGAGAGUGAGAAAGAGACACAACAAGGCAGGGAGGAUGCUGUUGAGCUGAUUAAUGGUAUUCAUGUUUCUUCCUUGAACAGUGCACAUAUUAUUGGCAUGAGGACCUAUAACUUCAACAGUACAGCGACAGAAUUUGUUCUCUUGGGAUUUCCCCUGCCGUGGCCAUGGAACUUCCUAUUUUUCCUGGUGCUACUGGGCAUCUUUACAUUGACCCUGAUGGGAAACCUCAUCCUUAUAUCCCUGGUGUUCACAUAUCCUCAGCUUCGCACUCCAAUGUACUUCUUUCUUUGUAACCUUUCCAUCCUGGAGAUCUUUCUCAUUGCCUUCAUUACCCCCAAGAUGCUGGAGAACCUGCUAUCAGAUGACAAAACGAUCUCUUUCUGGGGCUGCAUGACUCAGUGCUACUUCUUCUUCUUUCUAGGCACCACUGAAUUUACACUCAUUGCUAUCAUGUCCUUUGACCGCUACAUUGCUAUCUGCCACCCUCUGCACUACGCCAUCAUCAUGAAUGACUAUGUCUGUGCUCUUAUAGCUUUGGUCUGUUGGUUGGGAGGAAUCCUUCUUCCCCUUUCUGCCAUGACCCUGCUGUUCAAGAUGCCAUUCUGUGGCCCCAACAUAAUAGAUCACUUCUUCUGUGACUAUGCUCCUCUGGUCCUGCUAGCCUGCACUGAAGACACAUUUCCUUUAACCCUGCAGAUAAUCCUUGCUGACAUUGUUGAGGGCAUUUCCUUGGCUUUCACACUUGCAUCUUACCUCUACAUUAUCACCACCAUUCUGCGCAUCCCCUCAACCUCAGGCAGACAGAAAGCUUUCUCCACCUGCACCUCUCACAUUACCGUGGCCUCUAUUUUCUACGGCAGUACCGUUUUCUUGUACUGCCUGCCCACCCAGAGACGCUCCCCUAAUGUUCAGAAGGCAGUAGCUCUGCUAAUAGUGGUGGUCACGCCAUCCUUGAACCCAUUCAUUUACAGCCUGAGGAAUGAAAAGGUCAAGAACGCCUUGAGGGACUUUGUAAGGAAAAAAGUGUUUCUAUGCUAA